GAGUUUCCAAAUGGUCAGUCCGACCUUGUCUGGCACAAGCGCCCAUUCAUUUGAAUGGACUCCCGUGGCCGUGACACGCAAGGGAAGAAGUCCCUGCACUUUGGAAAACGCAGCCCACGCAGGAACCUCGGUUCCCAGUACGGUUGCGUUUUCCAGUGCGGGCGGCGUGCCAUUAGAAUUAAUGGCACCCGCCCAAGGGUCUGCAAUUCUCUGUGCGGGCGGUGUGGCUGCAUGGAUUUUCGUGCGGAGCCGCAGCAGCACCACCCGCACAGAUGUGAACCUA